AUGGCAACGAGCUCUGCCCCCGACAUCGACAUGGUCAUCGAAGAAACAAGAAGGACCCCAUUUACAAAUAGAAUCGCCAGCGUAAGACUACAUCAUGUCGGGAAACUGAAAUUCCCCGAAUACGCUGGAAGCACAGACCCAAAAGCCCAUGUGCGAGCCUUCCGCCUAGCAAUAUCAAGGGCACAUCUCACCGACGACGAAAAAGAAGCAGGGUACUGCCGUUUCUUCGCCGAAAACCUCACCGGAGCCGCAUUAGAAUGGUUCGCUGGAUUAGAAGAAAACUCUAUCGACAACUUCACCCAGUUGAUGUCUACGUUCCUAAAACAAUACUUAGUCUUCAUAGAAACAAAAGUCACCGAAGCAGACCUUUGGAAUCUCAAACAAGCACCUUUCGAACCACUGCGAACCUACAUAAACAAGUUCCGAGAAAUCAAGGCCAAAAUUUCACACCCAAACGAGGUCGUCGCCCUAGCAGCAUUAAAGAAUGGCGUUUGGUUCUCAUCGAAAUUCAGGGAAGAACUGGCGGUUCGAACACUUAUGUCAUUAGACGACGCCUUACACAGAGCCUCUGCGAAUUUCGGUUCCCACAAACAGUACAGUGCGAACAAGAAUAAUGCAAUCAAAAAGCCGGCGACCCCCAAAGAACCAACCACCAAGGGACAACACUCCUACUCAGUAAAUAACUCGCCGCAGAAGUCGUCGACAUAUGACCUCAGCAAAUACUGCGCCUUCCACGACCGCAAAGGCCACUCAACCGAGGAAUGCCGAGCCGCACUUCGCAACCAAAACGAAAAUAAGAAAACUAACGAAGAAGCCAAAGAAGAAGAGGAGCCAAUGACUCCAAAAUCCAAUCGAAAAGCAAAAUCCCCAACGAACAAACAAGGUAGGGAAAUCGAGCAGGAAUCACCAAGCUCUCCACCCCCGGCUCCAAAUAAAAGGGUCGACAUGAUUUCAUGGGGGCAAAACGGCAACUCAACCUACGAAACCAAGAGCCAAACCGACGAGGACACCCCUCCUCCCCAGGUCAUGAAGUACAACCCAAACACAAGACCUCCUAGCAUGAGAUUUUCCAACUUCAAGUGA